AUGAGCCAAGCUGCUAGAACCAUCUCGAAGGGGCGAGCCCUCUACGAUUUCGCGGGUAACGCAGAGCAGCGCCAGCUCUCCUUCAAGGCGGGCGACGUCAUCAACAUUACCAGCCAAUUCGACAAUGGUUGGUGGGCGGGCGAAUUGAAUGGAAAGGUGGGAUACCUUCCUGCAACCUACGUCCAGCUCAUCACCGCUGCCGAACAAAGAGGCGCCCCCGCGCCUGGCGCUGUGCCUGGCGGCGCAGCUCGACCGAACGGCGCCGUGGCUGGUGCUAGGCCCACAUCAGCUUACGGCGGUGCGCGUCCGCCGGCGCCCUCGGCAGUCGCUCGGCCCGGCCUCACGAGCGGCGGUUCUGGCAUCGGCGGUUCGGCCGGCGGUCCGCCGCCCCCGGCUGCCGGCAGCCGGCCUCCCCUGUCUUCCUCUGCCUCGGCCGCCCCGUCGCCUCGCGCAGUGUCGGGAUACGCCGCACCGCCUCCCGUCGCCGCCUCCCGGCCGCCAAUUGGUAGCAGUGGUGGUCCGCCGAGCACGCCACAGGCCGCUGCCAGGCCGCCCGUCGCCGCCCCGCCGCCGGCCGGUCGGCCCCCGCUCUCCACCCCAUCGGCCCCCGUGGCACUCAAACCCACCGAUCGAGGCAGAGCGGCCACUCUUAGGGCGGCAGCGGCGGAGGCGUCGGACGUGAGCGAUGCCGAUAUCAAGGAGCUUGAUCAGCUUCUAUCCAAACUCCAGAAUGAUGUUAUCGACCUCAAGAAACUGAUGUAA